CCCAAUGUGAGUGUUACGUAAAUUAUUAUGCAUUACUCAAAAUUAAAUGAGAGCAAAAUUGAGAGCACAAGAAGACAAUGUUUUGUCAACAAUAGCCUGCUCUUUUGUCUGUAGAAUGUUACGAAACUAGUCAAAGAUAAAAGGGAAUAUUUUUAGGAAAAUGUGAUCAAUAAAUCCCAUUUCACAUCAUUGAGUAUGAAAUUAUGAAUGUUCAUCUGUAUGUAGCCUCGAGAGGCCCAUGACCUAAUGGGGCCUAUAAAUGAGCAACUCAUUUAAGCCUAAAUUCCUUAUUUUUUUAAAAAGGUUAAUCCAGAAAUAACAGAAACAUGACCACCACCACCGCACGGCCGCCCCUCAACUCUCUCCGGCCACUGCGCCGCCGCCACGUCAAUCGCCUUUUCGCGGCAGUCUACGCCGUGGCCGUACUCUCUCUCCUCCGAUACCACACACAAACUAUCCUCGGCUCCACCACAAUUUUCUCUCUCGUCACCUCGUUCUCUCUCCUAAUCGCCGACCUCAUCCUGGCCUACAUGUGGUCCACCACCCAGGCCUUCCGCAUCAACCCCGUACGCCGGGAAGAGUUCCCCGAAAACCUAGAUCGGAGGGAUUUUCCGGCGGUGGACAUAUUCAUAUGCACGGCGGACCCGCACAGGGAGCCGCCGGUGACGGUCAUGAACACGGCCCUGUCGGUUAUGGCGUACGAUUACCCGGCCGCCGGGAAGCUGUCGGUUUACGUGUCUGACGACGGCGGGUCGGAGCUGACCGUGUUUGCUCUGAUGGAGGCGGCCAAGUUCGGGAAGCGGUGGCUGCCCUUCUGUCGGGAGAAUAACGUCACGGAUCGGUGCCCCGGUGCUUAUUUCGGGUCGGGUCGUGAUUUGAGUUCAGAGGCUGCGGAGAUUAAGAUAAUGUACGCCAGCAUGAAGAUGAAAGUGGAGAAUGUGAUGGAUAGAGGAAAAGUAAGCGAGGAAUACAUUACAAGUGAUGAUGAGCGACGAUUCUUGGAACAAUAUUGGGCCCAAGAUUUCACCCGCCAAAACCACCCAUCUGUAAUUAAGGUCUUAUUGGACUCUAAAAAAGAUAGGGAUAUUGGAGGUGAGCCCAUGCCAAACCUCAUUUAUGUGGCCCGACAAAAGAGUCCAAAUAGCCCACACCAUUUCAAAGCAGGAGCCCUCAACACUUUGCUUCGAAUUUCAGCAAGCAUGACCAACUCUCCAAUAAUUUUGACAUUGGACUGUGAUAUGUAUUCCAAUGACCCAUUGACGGCCCAAAGAGCUCUUUGUUAUCUUCUCGAUAAUUCGGGUGGGCCCAAUUGUGCGUACGUCCAAUUUCCACAACGUUUUCGUGGGUUCAAUGAGGCUGAUAUAUAUGCUAGCGAAGACAAGCGCGUGUUCAUGUGCAACCCAAUUGGCAUGGAUGGGCUGAGAGGGCCCAUUUACAUGGGAAGCGGUACGUUUUUCCCUCGUCGUGUUUUGUUUGGAGGCCCAUCCAUGUAUAUACAGCCUGAAUUGCCAGAGUUGAGCCCAGAUUGUAUUGUGGGCAAGCCCAUUGACAGUGAAGCGAUAGGCUUUCGAUAUGGGUCGUUGGUUGAGGAUUAUUUCACGGGCUAUCAGCUUCACUGUGAGGGCUGGCGGUCCAUAUUCUGCAAUCCAAUCAGGCCUGCCUUUUUGGGUGACGUGCCGAUCGCGCUGAAUGAUGUCCUGAUUCAGAACCAGAGGUGGUCUGUUGGGCUUCUAGAGGUGGGCUUUUCCAGGUAUAGCCCAUUAUCAUUCGGCAUAAAGACUAUGGGAGUCCUGAUGGCCCAAUCGUACGCACACUACGCCUUCUGGCCGAUAUGGGCAAUCCCUAUCACAGUCUACGCCUUCAUCCCCUCGCUAUGCCUUCUCCAAGGAAUACCCAUUUUCCCUAAGACCAACGAGCCUACAUUCUUUUUGUACGCAUUUUUAUUCAUCGGAGCCUAUGCACAAGACUGCUUCGAUUUCGUGAAUGCAGACGGCACAUUACUAAAGUGGUGGAGUGACCAGAGAAAGUGGCUAUUGAGAGGUCUCUCGUCUUUCCUAUUCGGGUUCAUAGAGUACGUGGCCAGUCGUCUAGGCAUGGCCGCCAAUGUGUUCAACGUGACGAGCAAAGUCAUGGAUGACGAGCUACGCCAAAGGUACAACCGAGGGACCUUCGAGUUUGGGGUCGAGUCCUCCAUUUUCGUCCCAUUAGCAACAGCGGCCAUUAUAAACCUGGUUGCCUUUGUUGUUGGGUUUGUACGCGCUUUUAGGGAUGGAAGCUUUGUCUGUUUUUUCGUGCAGAUGUUUAUUGCAGGUUUUGGGAUUGUAAAUGGGGUGCAAUUUUACGAGGCCAUGGUUUUGAGACGCGAUGAAGGGAGGAUGCCGGCGAGUGUCACAAUCACGUCGGCUCUUCUUGCGGGGUUGCUCUAUGGAAUCGCGUCUCUUCUUCUACAUGCAUGAAUAAAUUACUAAUUAAUUUCAUUUGAAAAACAUGUUGCUAAAAUUUAUGAGCAAAAAUGCAUUUUCUCAAUUUUUGUGUCAAUCACAAACAUGGGGAGUGAAAAUGGAGAGGAAUCUAUCACAUAGACGAAUAUCAUUGUCAAAAAGUAAAACUAAAACCAUAUGAUUGUUUGCCAAGCAAGAUCCAUAUGCGAGGGGUAACAUUACAUAUGGUCGGCAUUACAAAUUGAUAAGAAUUUCAGUAACAUUACAAAUUGAUAAAAAGUUUAAGGCAAUACCCCAAUUUUAACAGAAACCGAGAGGUAAAGCACAUAAUCACGAGCUCUCUGCACUGGUCGGAGCAAGAGUGGUGGUGUUACACUUACGGUGCCACGGAGGCCAAAACGGUCAGCUUCAAUGAAUUUUAACUACGUGCUAUGUAAAAAUUACUGGCUUCCCAGUUACUAAAAGUUAGCUUCAGACACUACUCAUUUUGCGACUCAAGAUUCACUGCUCAUCUUUUACGGUU